UGCAUUAUCUUCGUGUUUUAAGAUGCAUUCAUUUUAAGGUUUGGAUAAAAUUGUUGUACCAAUCUUUUUGAUGUCAGGCUCAUUUUUAGCAGGCGGAGUGAGACGUCUUCCUAAAUCACGAUCUUUGGAGUUAGCAAAGCGGCUACCGCUAACGGGGGGGACAAGUGGAGACCGGUCAGUUCCCUUUCUCGCUUCGGUAUGAUGCCUGGGGACACCAACAUGACCUCCAUCGUACAGAGAAUAGCCCGACAGGCUCUUCUUACAUUUAGGAGCCCACCUCGAGUCGGCGAAACGGCCGGUAAGUCGUUUCUGGACAACCACGGCAAACUGAAGAGCCUCAUGACGGAAGUGCGAGCGGCGGACCUGAAGCUCGUCCCGCGGAGAGCCGACGACGGUUCUCUCGGCGUGCUCCCUCCGCUCACGUACCACAGUGCCUCGCCCCCGGUCACUUACAUGCAUAUUUGUGAGACGGACCAUUUCAGCAUGGGGGUGUUUUUGCUUAAAAGUGGCGCGUCUAUCCCCCUGCACGACCACCCGGGAAUGCACGGCAUACUGAAAGUCAUGUACGGGAAGGUCCGGAUCAGCUGCUUCGACAGACUGGAGCGGGCGGACGGCAGCCCGCAGGCGGUGCCCCCUCUACCCCCGGCCCAGCUGGGGUCUAUGCGGCGGUCAGUGCUCCGCUGCGCCGGGGAGUACACAGAGGAAAGCGGGCCGUGCGUCCUCACCCCUGACCGGGACAACCUCCACCAGAUCGACGCUGUGGACGGUCCCACGGCGUUUAUGGACAUCCUGGCCCCGCCGUACGACCCGGACGAGGGCAGAGACUGUCACUAUUACAAGGUUCUGACCGAUUCGGAUGUCAACAGCACGGAACCGAAGGAGAAGGAGGUCUGGUUAAUGGAAAUCUCACAGCCUCCGGAUUUCUGGUGCGGAGGGGAGCCGUACCCGGGCCCGGAGGUCUGCCUUUGAGCCACCUGGCCCACCUUGGCUGUCUUCUUUUCUCGACUUGGUCUGGUUAAUGCGCCCUGUGCGGAACAAGGCUGGAGCUUUUGGACUUGGUUGGACAAUCCUGGCUAAAUUUAGGAUCAAUCUUAAAUCCUAAAAGAAACUAUUUCAUGUAGACCUGAUUAAAGUGUUAACUUUGGGCUUAAGUCAAUUUGCAGAACCUGCUCCUUUUUAGUGAAACAAUGCAGCUCAGAAAUAGGUGACCUCAUUGUUUGGUAUUGUUGCCAGUGAUUUCUGCUGCUGCAACUCAGAUGUGACUCCCAAGUUUCUAUUUCACUAGAACACAAAAUGAAGCCUUAGGUGAUUCAAACCUUCACAUUUGGACUGACAUGGGUUAUAUCACUCUGUGUCAAUCGACUUCUAUCUUAAGACGCCCUCAAAGUUUCUCUGUGUUGUUGAAAAAAACAAAAGAUAGAUUUCAGAUAUGACUUUAUUUAAUUUGUUGGUCGUUAACUUUCUCUCCCAUGCGUUAUGUUCGCUCUUGAUCCCCUGUGUUGUUGGAGGGUGGUUUAGAGGUGUUCUGAGUCUCGAGGCAGCAGGGUUGAUGAUGGACAGCUGACUUCUACCUUUGCAGAUGCAACUUCUGGCAAUAUCCAUUAUUCUGCAGCAGUGCACAGACAAUUUGAGGUGUGAGGCUGUGCACCACCCGCCACCAUGUGAAGUGUGUUUACCCGGUGGAUUAGGUUUAAUCAAAGGUGGUGUUGUUUUGUAAACAAUAAAAUAGCUUUUCAUCUACCUGCUGAGGGGUCUAUAACUACAGAUCAUCAAAAAAGAGUCUCACACGUUGGAGAAACAGGCUAAAUUAAGACGCUGUAAGUCUUUAUAUUUUAAAGGAGAUGAACAGAAAGGUCAAACAGAUGCUAUACAGGGUGCUGAUGCUGCCUUUUCCGCUUGAAACUUUUGUCAACAGUUGGCGCUUCAAGUUGAAAUUUCAAGACAGAAAUAAUAGAGGGAAGGAUUACAGAGCAAUACUAUUAAUAAGCUAUAACCUUUGCAACAUUUCAGCUUUCAAUAUUGUAUGCUCUCUGGUGGAAAACUUGCUGACAAUAAGCUAAUGAUAUUUAUUCAACAUGUGCUGUUAAACAUACAUGAAGCUUGUUGCGUGAAGAAUACAAAGCGUGCACUUUUCCCAAGCUGCCGGCCUGAAACACAAUCCUUCGUUUUAUAAUCGACGUGUCAUGAAUUCUAGACUCCUCUUGAAUGCAGCGUUGUAACAAAAGUGUGCAGACCUGAGUCUCUCCUGGGACCACGGAGGGACUGCGUCCUUGUGUUUGAAUUGUCUUCCUGCUUUUGAACGUUUGUUCCCGCCGGGUGAAGAACUGUGAAAGUUUAGGUUCGUCUUCUGGGGAAUGAAAUGGUUUCCUUUUUUUCUUUCAUUGUGACAAACUGUUGACUGCCUUCUUGUUUUCUGAGAAGAGUGUGAUCCUCAGGGUUGUCUGUGAUUAGUUUGCUCGUCUGAUUUUCAGACGAUUGUGUGAAAGAUGUGCACUAAAUCAGGCUUCUUAACACAAAUGUUGUCCCACUGAAGGAAAUAGAUAUUUAGUGGUAACAAAAUAAGGAUCAUGAAAAGUCUCCGGUCUGACACAGAGGACAUAAAAGAUGAAGGUUGAUUUUAUAAUAAAGUUUAAAUAUUCAAAGUUUUAUUGACUUCCAGAGUUAAACCAACAGAUGAACGAUUUCUCUGCUGCUUAAAAAAGCUUCAGGUAGAGCAGCUGUUAGUUUCAUGUUGGAAAUGUGUGUGUCUACUGAAAUCAGUGGUGGAUUGACAGAAAAGCACUUAUACUCAAUUAGAAUCUCUGCGUGCAAAGCUUUUGAUUCAACAAUGAUUCUAAACCUGGAGUGAUGCAAUAUGAAUAAGUAUUCAACACCACUGUUCUCACAGUCCUGAAUUCAUUUCAAACACAUUUUUAUUCUAGAGGAGUGAUUUACUGUUUGUUGUACUAAAGUGGGAGUCUGGACGACGAUGCAUCAGUUUACUCUCUGAUGAAUAAACAACUCUCAUUCUCUAAAUCAGGUUGUUGAAUGGAAAUAAUUACUGUCUGUUUGUUUUUUGCCUGUAAUGGAGGUUUAUCUCUGCGUAAAAACAACUGCUGUCUAUUUUUCCUAAAAAUGUUCUGUCUCACACCGUGUGAGGAUCUGUGAUUGACAGAUAAUGUUGUGUGAAUGUUUCAGACAAGUUUGGCUUCUCUGAAAAAUGUCAGCAGAAUAAAGUCCCUUUAAUAAACUA